UAACCGACCUCAGGCACACUCAAUAAGGAGGAGCUGCUCAGACUCAGACCUACCAGUCCACUGCUGCUCUCUCAGAGACAAGGACCUCCUGAUACAUUAUUAUCAUCAUCAGACUCCUGAUAUGAGCUGCAACCUUUAAACUAGUCAACUUUAAGUCAUUUUGUUCAACCUGUGACAGAACAACAUUGAAUCACCUUUUGGAGAUUUUUUCCUAUUCCUGGAUCAUAUAUAUAUGCCUGAGGACAUGGGAACAACUAAGCCUGCAGGCGUCAUUGCCUACAUUUCCUCUGGAUCUUCCUCCAGCCCAGAGCCCUGUAUGAUGAGCACCAGCCCCAGCAGAGGCUACCUGUCCACAUCACAGUCGGUGUCCCGCCAGUCGCUGCCCAGCAGGGCCGUGGGCAUGGUGGUGGACAUCUCUCCGCCAACCAAGCGCGGCAUGGAGAAGGCUGGACGCUCAUCCACAUCUGGCAAGAGCAGCAUUACCAAAAUCAACGGCAUGGUGCUGUUGUGCAAAGUGUGCGGUGAUGUGGCCUCUGGCUUCCACUAUGGCGUCCACGCCUGUGAGGGCUGCAAGGGCUUCUUCAGGAGAAGCAUCCAGCAGAACAUCCAGUACAAGAAGUGUCUUAAGAUGGAGAACUGCACCAUCAUGAGGAUCAACAGGAACCGCUGCCAGCAGUGUCGGUUCAAGAAGUGUCUGGGUGUCGGCAUGUCCAGAGAUGCUGUCCGAUUUGGCCGCAUCCCAAAGAGGGAAAAGCAAAGGAUGCUGCUGGAGAUGCAGAACGCAAUGAACAACAUGAUGAGCAGCAACAGCCAGCUGCACAGCAUGCUGCACGGCCACCAGAGCCCCUCGCUGCCCAUGGACUCCGUCACCAGAGACGUCAGCUCCUCACCCUCCUCUUCCUCUUCUUCUGCUUCCGAUUCCCCGUCGUGCUCCAACCCCUCGUCCCCGCGGUGCCCCCAGGACUCAGAGUUUGUGGUUUCCAUGGACACCAACUCCAGCUCCCCUUCCUCCUGCGCGUCAGACAGCGGCGAGGACGAGGCCCUCGUCAACGUGAGCAGGCAGCAUCAAGAUGCCUUCGCAUACAGCCAACAGAGGUCGCCGAGACAGGGCCAGGCCUCGCCCACGUCGGGUACGGAGGGGCAACAGGAGAGCUGGAGCUGCUGGAACAACAACCAGCACGGUUCAUACAGUAACGGCCAACACGUCACCAACGUCGCUUACAGGGAGGACAGUGGAGUUUACCAGCAGCAGCAGCAGCUCAACAGCGCCCCUAGCUGUCCAGCAUCAGGAGACAGCCAAAGACAGCACGGCUUUAACACACAAACUGCCUCAAGUGGUUAUCAUGGACCAACCAGCUGCAUGAAUCGUAGAUCACACUUGGUCUGUCCAAUGAACACGUCACCCUUCGUGGACCCCCACAAGCCGAGCCAGGAGGUCUGGGAGGAGUUCUCCAAUAGCUUCACCCCCGCCGUGCGGGAGGUGGUCGACUUCGCCAAGAGGAUCCCGGGCUUCCGCGACCUUCCCGAGCACGACCAAGUCGGUCUGUUGAAAGCCGGCACUUUUGAGGUGCUGAUGGUCAGAUUCGCUUCUCUGUUCAACGUGGUCGAGCGCACGGUGACCUUCCUGAGCGGCAAACGCUACAGCCUUGACACCCUGAGGUCACUGGGCGCCGGCGAGCUGCUCAACUCCAUGUGCGAGUUCAGCGAGAAGCUGGCGGCGCUGCGGCUCGACUCUGACGAAAUGAGCCUCUUCACGGCCGUGGUGCUCGUCUCAGCCGAUCGCUCAGGAAUCCAAGACCUGAACUCAGUCGAGGCCCUGCAGGACAAACUGAUCCGGGGGCUGCGGCACCUGGUGAUGCAGAACCACGGCGAGGAGGCGGCCACCACCUUCACCAAGCUGUUGCUCAAGCUUCCCGAGCUGCGUUCACUCAACAACAUGCACUCAGAGGAACUGCUCUCCUUCAAAGUGCACCCAUGAAAGCUUCCCGAGGGGGUUCACCUGCACCCUCCACCUCAUCCACACACCUCCACCUCGACCUGCCUCUUACUGCCCCGUCACCUUCUGGAUUCGACCAACCCAGUUUGUUUCUAGAAUGUAUCGACAGUUAUUUUUUAUUUCUAUUUUCGUUAAGUAGACCAUGUGUGGUCUGAAGAGAGAAAGAAUAUACUGUAUUUAUAGAGCGAUAGCUUACGCUUGUUGCACACAAACACACGCAAGUGCAUGUGUGUCAGAGGUUGUUAGUUUUGCAAAGAUGGAGGCGCUUUUAUAUUUUCGAGAGAACGAAGAGUACUUAACUGGCUUCAUGAAAUAAUAUGAAGAGAAACCACCAAUUGGACGAUCCAAAAGACAUUUAAUUCCAAAGCGUAUCCUCUGAUGAGCAGGUGUACGCGAGAGACAUUAUAUACCCUACAUACCGCAUGUUUCUUUGGUCCAAUAUUCUGACUGAUCCAUGUCGGCGAGGAAAGAAAGGCAAGCUAUCGGAAAAUGUAUCGAAGAAUGUGUGACGAUCGCUGCUAAUGCAUGGCUGUACUUAAUGCAAAACAAUUAUUACUUGGAUCUUCUCCCCUUGCCUCAGAAAGCAUCAGUUCACAGUUUCAGUGUAAAUAGUGUUUGUAUAUGAUUUCUUUUUAUUUAAUUUUUUACACGGUUUAUUAUGUCAACUGCCUGUACACUGCCUGGUGAUUUCUGGGGGAGUCGAUGACGCCAUUUUCAGCAACACUACAUUUGCACGUUCUGGAGCAGGAAAACCAAGUAACAUGUAAAAAGGCGACAUGUAAAAAACAAAAUAGUCACACAAGUGUUGUUGCUGUUCUCCCCACUUUGUUUUUGUUUUUUUUAUCGAACUUUAUGUGCAUUCAGCAUAGCACUGAAUUUGAUGUGUUUGUCAUCCAUUUUGUUGAAAUAUCUGUUUCUUCGACUGGCAACACUGCCAUAUGUAAAUAUCUAUAUAAAUAUAUAUAUAUAUAAAUAUCUGAUGAACAUAGAAUAUAAAUAUGAUAUAGUAUGAAUAAAUACAAGUGAAGAAUA